AUGAUUCCCGGUCGAUUAUCUAUGCCAGAAAAUCCUUUGGGACUGUCUUGGCAUGAUAGUGCUUGGAUUCCGAUGCUCAAUCCAAGCAAUAUAAUGGAUUACUUUUCAGAAAGAUCUAAUCCUUUUUAUGAUAGGACUUGUAAUAAUGAAAUUGUAAAAAUGCAGCGACUCAAUCCUGAUCAACUUACAAAUAUGACUGGAUUAGAAUAUAUACUUUUACAUGUUCAAGAACCAAUUUUAUAUGUGAUACGUAAACAACAUCGUCAUAGUCCUACUCAAGCAACCCCAUUAGCUGAUUACUAUAUAAUUGCAGGAGUUGUUUAUCAAGCUCCUGAUUUAGCAUCCGUAGUUAAUUCUAGAUUGUUAUCAGCAGUUCAUCAUAUACAAUCUGCUUUUGAAGAAGCUAGUAGUUGUUCUCGAUAUCAUCCUAGUAAAGGAUAUUCGUGGGACUUUAAAAAUGGUAAAACUGCAACAGCUCAAAAAGAAACUCCUGUUAGAGAAGAGCCUAGUACAUUAUUUCAAAGACAAAGAGUUGAUAUGCUGCUUGGAGAACUAACAAGAAAAUAUCCCAUACCAAUUCCAAAACCAAUACAAACUGUAAUUGAACCUUCAAUACAAAUUAAACAAGAAUCUCAAUCUGAAAAGAAAGAUAUGAAACCACCACCAGAACGUAAGCCAAGAUUAAAUUGACAUUGUUUAAUUUGUAACUUUGAUCAAAAUAUUAUUUAAUUAUUAUGUAAAUGAAAUAUAUAUAUAUAUAUAACCAGCAGGC